AUGCCACCAAAAGGUUUCAAGGGGUCCAAAGGAACUCAAGAGCCCACGGAGGCUAUCAAGGAGGAAUGGGCACGUAGCACUUGGAAUCCAGAGCAUGUCACGUAUGUUAUGUUAUGCUUACUGACCGAAGUCUUUUCCGAACUGACUCUUCCAAGCAAAAUCAUCGCCGGCUCAGCAGACAGGAUUCAACUUAUCGGAAAUCAACUUGACCGGGAUAACAAGAUCUUCAGUGCAUCCGUCCACAAGGAACUGCUUUGUUUCUUCUCUCCCUAUUACACUGCCGCACUCAAGGGAGGGUUCGCCGAAGGUCAAAAGAGCAGUCUCACUCUGGAUCUUUCUAACCAGCUGAUGGCUGAUGUGGUUUCUUGGUUGUACUCGGGCAACACCAUCAGUACUACCGGAUUUGAAUUCCUUGAUCUAUACGUCUUCGCUGAUGAUCGAAAGAUCCUGCCCCAGAACUCAGGCCUCUUCCGCUACCUCGUCGAUUACUGGUUUGGCGUCUGGGGUCGACACCCUGGCAGAACCUUGAUGGCAGCCUCGGACAACGACGAUCAGAUUCCCAAGACAUUCUUCCGCCAGGCACUUGUGAGAUUCUGCCGUCUGCAUGAGGACAUGCCGAAUACCCCACCAGCAGACUACGAAGGAUGUUCCAAGACUGCAUGCAACUUUCAUGAGCACCCCAGCAAGCAGGAGUGGGUUGAAAGUAAGUGUCUCGUUCAGAUUAACAGCCUUUUCCUCUGCUGA